UCGGACACUUUUUGCAGUGUUCUUCUCCUCCUCCUCCUCCUCCUCCUCCUCCUCCUCACUUAAGACAGAGGGGGCAGGUCUUGUAGUGGACACUAUUACUGCCUUGGCCGGUGAUGCUGUAUCUCACACGGGGCUUGAAGAGCCUCCCUGCUUAUCUGAUUAUAAUUAUAGAGAGGUGACCUGGUUUCAGCACCGUGACUCGUCAACAGCUCCAUUGCACAGCGGAGAUUUGGACAAUCCAUCCCCGCCCGGUGCGUCUGACAGAGCGGGUACCCAGGGCGCAGCCUCCGCGGCAGUUUCAGCACCAGCGGCCGGCCUGACCGGAGCGGAGCUGUCCACAUAUUCAGCACUUUUCUUCUGAAGGUGGGGACCACAGACAGCAAGUCAGCCAGGAUAUAUCAUCCUCCUGGACACUCCGAGAGAGCUUGUUUCAGGAUGGCGUCAAAAUCCGUUGGCCUUUUCGUCCUUUUCCAGCUUCUAGCCCUGAAUGUAGUGAUCCAGAUAUCUGCCUUCCCUACACCUACAGCCUCAGCGGGUGAUAAAACUGUGUACAAUAGACAGUUGACAGAAGAAAAACCAUUAGAAGAGCAGAUUGCUGAGGCGGACAGCGUGAAGGCUGCAGUACAGUCAGCUGAGAGUAAGCGUCCCACCGCUUCCAAGGACACAGAGUCGGACCAGGACCUUGAUGACUUAACCGUGCUGAAGUCACUGGCCGAUGGCCAGAAAUCAAAGGAAGCCACUGAGUUGCCGCUCAAGAAGGAGGUCCAGUACGUUCCAGAUGAAUCAGAUUCAACCAAGAGCCGGCGUCUGGCUGAGGACUAUGACUCCACCAAGAGCGGGAUGGACUAUGGCAAGUACCAGGAUGACCCAGAAAGCUUCCGUCAGGUCGACGGCACUCCACUGACAGCAGAAGACAUUGUCCAGAAGAUCGCAAACAAGAUCUACGAGGAGGACGACAGAGGGGUGUUCGACAGGAUCGUCUCCAAACUGCUCAAACUGGGGCUGAUCACAGAUAGUCAAGCGGAUACUCUGGAGUACCAGGUGGCUGAGGCGCUCCAGGAUCUCAUCACCAAAAAUGCCAAGAACAACGAGAUUGAGGACAUUGAGAGCAACGACCAAGAAACCAGGGGAGAGCAGGACGACCAGGGUUCAGACACAAACACGGACACAUGGGAGCCACCCAGCCGCCGCUAUAAGGAAGACGAGGACAAUGAGGAAGAAGAUGAUGACGAGAUUGAGGAUGAGGUGGAGAGGGAUGCAGAAGAAGAGGAGGGCGACACAGUCGACAACAGCUGGGACAAAGAUACAGAGGAGGGCAAUGAGGUGAGCCCUGAAGAUGGGCUCCAGGACCUGCAGUACUUCCCAAACUUCUACCGUCUGCUCAGGAGCCUCGACUCAGAUCGAGACAAUCAGGAGAGAGAGACAUUGAUCACCAUCAUGAAGACGCUGAUUGACUUUGUGAAGAUGAUGGUGAAGUACGGAACCAUCACGCCAGAGGAGGGAGUGUCCUAUCUGGAGAACCUGGAUGCCAUGAUAGCCAUGCAGACCAAGAACAAGCUGGGCAAGUCUCUUGGACCUCCUGACUUCACUGGACCCAAUGGAAAAAACUUGGAUGAGGAUGACAACACCAAGGCAGAGGCUGCCAAAAUGCAGAAGGAGUAUGAGAACCUGAAAGACUCAACCAAGGAGGAGCAGCCAUCUACUGAGACCAAUCAUCCUGGCAAGUCAGAGACUUAUCUGGAGGCCAUAAGGAAGAACAUUGAGUGGCUGAAGAAACACAGCAAAGAAGAAGGCAAAGAGGAUUAUGACCUCUCCAAGCUGAAGGACUUCAUGGACCAACAGGUUGACUCCUACAUUGAAAAGGGCAUCAUCGCCAAGGACGAAGGCGACACCAUCAAGAGGAUCUACAGCAGCCUGUAACGCCGUCAUCCAUUUCCAACCAACCCCUGGCCUAAAACACAGGACUGAAUCUGAAACUUAAAAUCUCCAACACAACCCUGACUACUUAGUUAUUUCCCACGGCAUGGUACAGUAUAAACUGUGUAUUCAAAACUACCUGCUUAAGGGGAACUUGUUUACCCUCCCAGACAUUCCCAAAAUUUAUCAAAAUAGGUGAUUUAAUCAUUCCAGACCAUAACAGUAAAAUUGUUCUUUACAGCUACCUAACUGAUAUUUGCACGCCAAGAUAGCAGAGUAAUAAUCACUAGUAUAUUAUUGAGAGAAAUCAAAGUAUUUUAUGUAACCAACUCACACGUCCAACUAAGUUCUAGCAUUUACUCCAACUUGACUCCUGUGGGAAAUGAAUGUUAUGAGAGUAUGAUGCUGUAGCUUUGUCAUCAACUACUGUUUUCAAUGCAUUUUUGCAAACAAAAUACACAUAUAUAUCAACUCGUAAUCAUUCUGUGUAACCUGUCUUAGCCUAUUAUAUUUCUUUUUCCCAGUUUAUGUGCAAGAUCUUAAUGUACUCUUGCUUUUUAUUUUACCAAAAAUAUAUUUGUCACGUGUCAUGUCAGUCGGCGCCCUCCAUACUCAUAUGUUCUGUUCUGAUGUAAUUCUUCUGGGGCCCACUAGGAGGCCGUGUCUGUAUCCUCAAUUCUCUCUGCAUGUCUCUGUGAGU